AUCUCUAAAUAUUUUAUCUUGUAAAAAAUAAUCAUAUUAAAUUAUAUAGGACUAAAAUUUUAAUUACAACAAUAUUCAUAAUAAUAAGAUAUAUUUAUGCAUAAAUAUAAAGAUAGCCAUUUACAUUCUAUGUGCUUUCAGAGUCUAGUCAGAGCCAAAAAAAAAAACCAGGUGCUCCAACGGCUGCUGGCCAGCCCUCCUUUCUCUUCUUCAUCACCUUUAUAUCUCCAUCCGAAUCAGUUAAUGACCAUCCUCUCUAACCUGUCAGUCUCUUUAAUUUCAUGGAAUCCAUUCAAAUCAGUAUCUCCUCUGUUUUAUCUUGGAUUCCCUUAUUAUUGAUCAUCGUAACUUCACUACCAAACACCUUAUAAUCAUAUUAAACAAAAAAGGGAAAUUGAAGUAUGGAAGAAGAAAGACAUGUGUUGUUCGGAAAAUACGAGAUGGGAAGAUUAUUGGGUAAAGGAACCUUCGCUAAGGUUUACUACGGGAAAGAAAUGGCGAGCGGUGAAAGUGUAGCGAUUAAAGUAAUUAAAAAGGAACAAGUUAAGAGAGAAGGUAUGAUGGAUCAGAUCCAAAGAGAAAUCUCUGUUAUGCGUAUGGUUCGUCAUCCAAAUGUUGUUCAACUCAGAGAAGUUAUGGCUACAAAGACUAAGAUCUUCUUCGUUAUGGAAUACGUUCGUGGUGGUGAACUCUUCGCUAAAGUCGCCAGAGGAAAGCUCAGAGAAGAUCAAGCCCGUCGAUAUUUUCAGCAAUUGAUCUCAGCCGUUGAUUUCUGUCACAGCAGAGGUGUAUCCCAUCGAGAUUUGAAACCUGAGAAUUUGCUCUUGGACGAUAAUGGAGAUCUCAAGAUCUCUGAUUUCGGACUCUCUGCUUUGCCGGAACAGCUCCGAAACGAUGGGUUACUUCACACACAGUGUGGGACCCCUGCUUACGUGGCACCCGAAGUACUCCGGAAAAAGGGCUACGAUGGUCCCAAGGCUGAUAUUUGGUCUUGUGGGGUUGUUCUAUUCGUUCUUCUCGCUGGGUUUCUUCCUUUUCAAGAUGAGAACAUCAUGAAGAUGUAUCGGAAGAUUUUCAGGGGAGAAUUUGAAUGUCCGCCAUGGUUUACGGCCGAGUCAAAGCGGUUGGUGUUCAAACUGUUGGUGCCCGACCCGAAUAGAAGGAUAACUAUUCCGGGUAUUAUGCGGGUCCCGUGGUUCUAUAAAGGAUUUACCCGAUCCGUUUCGUUCUCUAAUUCGACCCGAACAGAGUCCACUCUGGUUUCUGAAUCAGAAGAAGAAGAAGAAGAUUGGGUUAAUAAAACGACGUCGUCUUCCUCGUCAUCUUCUUCACCAAAAUUCUUCAACGCGUUCGAGUUUAUUUCAUCGAUGUCUUCGGGUUUCGACCUUUCGAGCUUGUUUGAGAACAAGAGGAAAACAGGGUCGAUGUUCACGUCAAAGUGUUCCGCGACUACAAUAAUGGCGAAGCUUGAGUUUGUGGCUAAAGGUUUGAGCUUUAAGGUUGCUAAGCUUAAAGAUUUCCAGAUAAGGUUGCAGGGAGCUUCAGAGGGAAGAAAAGGUAAGCUUUCUGUGACAGCUGAGGUUUUUGAAGUGGCGCCGGAAGUCUCAGUGGUUGAGUUCUCGAAAUCGUCCGGCGAUACUUUGGAGUACGAUAAGUUUUGUGAUGAAGACGUUAGACCGGCGUUGAAAGACAUUGUUUGGACUUGGCAAGGUGACCAUAUCGACAACAAUGAUUAUAAUAAAAAACAAGCUAUAACUAUAUAAUAAUUAUAUCUAUAUAUUUAUAUAUAAUGGUAAAUAUGGGUUGUGUAUAUAUAGUUUGCUUUGCAUGCAAUUACCAUGUUAAAGGUCACUACACAGUUUUGAGGUGUUUGGCUUUUUUUUUUUUCUUUCAAAUUAAUGCAAAAAUGAUAUUUUCUUAUAA